AUGGCUUGCAUUGUUUCUGGGUUUAUGGCUUUGCGUUUGUCUCUCUUAUUCGUAGCCGUCGCAAGUCAUCCUACUGCUGGGUCAAAAGUUUUCAACGUCCAAAACAUUAUGGUGCUAAACGCGACGGCAAAACUGAUAAUGCCAAUGGAGAGUCUCAUGUUCAGAUCCAAGAUUUGA